GGUUAUUAUUUGUGACGGACGCACUUACUUCCACAGGCUUCCAGUUAAAUUAGUUUCCAUUAAAAAGUAUAUUUUUCCCUAAGUUAUAAAUUAAGUCGAUAAACUGCCUGUUAAGCUGCUUGCCUACUGAGUAAAUUUAGCAGCUGGCAGUGAUGGAGGAGGAGCAGAGAGCGUGUACCGCUGCUGCUGCUGCUGGAGCUGCAGAAGGAGGAGGACAAUCGGGGAAGGAUGAAGAAGAGGUAAAAGAGGAAGAUGUGACAGAUACGGCAGCUCAAGGCGGAGAGGAGGAAGAUGAGGACGCUCUUCCUCAUUCAGAAAUCUUGGAUAUUUUCGAGGAAGGACUUGCUCGACUCGUGCAGGAUCCUUUGCUCUGUGACCUGCCGAUUCAGGUGACUCUGGAGGAGGUCAACUCUCAGAUUGCUUUGGAGUACGGCCAGGCGAUGACUGUAAGAGUCUUGAAAGCAGACAGUGAAGUGAUGCCGAUUGUGGUGGUGCAAAAUGCUACGGUCCUUGAUCUGAAGAAGGCUAUUUGCAGAUUUAUGGAGCUAAAACAGCAACGCGAAGGCGGCGUGAAACACAUCAGCUGGAGAUAUGUUUGGAGGACAUAUCAUUUAGUAUUUCAGGGCGAGAAGCUCGAAGAUGACAAGAUGAGGCUUAAAGACUAUGGGAUCAGGAACAGAGAUGAAGUGACGUUCAUGAAGAGACUCAGGAAAAAGUGAAAAAAACACCAUCUGCUGUUGUUGUAGAAUCUUUUAGGCUUCAUGUAAAUAAAAUAUUUAUAAGUUGUCA